AACACAAUUACGUUAUUUGUAAAUUCCUCAUUAUCAGUUGAGAAACUGCAUUCGCCAUCUACCGGAAUAUACAGCAUUUCAUCACAUGAAAUUUGUAUUUAUGUAAUGUAAAUAUUAACCGCUAUACAUGCGGUUUUAACGUUGAUAAACGUGCACUAACCAAAUAACAAAAGCAUAAAUAAACCACGAAAAAAAAUGGCAAUUCACAUUUUGAACAGAUUAUUAAGUUCCAUUACAUCCUAUAGUACAAAAAGUCAAAGUAGAUCUUUAUUUUACUGGGUUCGUGAUAUGUUUAAUAGAGUUGAAGAGGACCGUAUAUUGGUACUUGGUCCUGAUGUCGCUUGUGCAAUGUGGCUCCUAAGAAAUGGAGCGUAUGUCAGAUGGAAAGGUUACUCUGAACACUUAAUAGAUUAUAACAAAAUACCAGAAGAUGCUUCUUAUUAUAUUGAAGCUGUUCAUGCUGAUAAUGCUGGAAUUAAUCAUGUUGGAUUUCCAUAUUUUGAAGGAUGCAAACACAUAAAGGAAAUGAAUCUGAUAAGCUGUAAAUAUAUUAAUAAUCAAGCUAUGGCAUUAUUACCUCUGCUGAAAGAUUCAUUAACUGAAAUAAACAUCAUAAAAUGCAAAAGUGUUACCGAUGAAGGAUUAUUAUGUUUAAAAGAUCUUAAAAAUUUAAAAUUAAUAAAAGUUGAAGGAUUACGAUACCUUGAAGAUAAAGAAUCUGUACGUAAUGAACUUAAGAAUGCCUUACCUGAUUGUGAAAUUUGUAUUAAAUAAAUGUAUCUAAAAAUGUA